AUGAACAACACAAGGGAUCACAAGGACACUGAAGCUGCUGUGGAGCAGGUGGAUAGUGCUGAUUUUGAAACCGCUUCUUCUUUGACUGGUUUUGGAUGGUACAACUACCUGAUACUUUUUACAUCCCUUGUGUGCUCACUUUCACAUCAGUUCAGUUCAUCUUCAAUGUCAUAUCUGCUGCCAGCAGCACAGUGUGACCUACAAAUGCAGCCAUCUGACAAGGGGUUGCUUAAUUCUAUCACAUUUGCAGGAAUGGUGGCCACGUCAUUUCUGUGGGGCUUCUUGUCAGACAUGCUUGGAAGAAGAAAACUGCUGGUCAUUGCUUAUUUUCUGGAUGGAGCUUUGAAUUUUAUUGGCAGUUUCACCCAGAGCUUUGCUUUUUUGGUUGCCAUAAAAUUCUUGAGUGGUGCAAUACUUUGUGGACCAAACUCCAUACAGAAAACUUUUAUAUCCGAAUUUCAUUGCCUGAAGUACAGAACUGUAAUAAUGAUACUAUCAGGAUUUUUGUAUGCAAUUGCAACAAUCAUUAUUCCAGUUGUUGCUUGGUUCAUAAUUCCAAUGUCCUGGUCAGUAACAAUUUUUGGUGACUACAUCAUGUAUAAUUCCUGGAGAUUGUUUGUUACUGUGGGCUCCUUUGCAAGUUUUUUAGCAUCAUUUCUCAUUUAUUUGUGCCCUGAAUCUCCCAAGUUCUUAAUGACAAAAGGUUCCAUGGAUGAAGCAAUGCAAGCUUUCAGAACCAUGUACAGGUUCAACACAGGAAAGAAACCAGAAACAUAUCCAGUUAAACAGCUGAAAGAAGAAGUGAAAACAGAAACUGAAUUGUCAUCUAGUGUUGACAGCAGGAAAACAAACUGCUCAUUAGUAAAAGUUGCCAUGCAUGAAUCAAAGAGACUACUGCUGAAACCAUUUCGAAGCAGGGCAGUGAUGAUUAUGAUAAUCCAGUUCUCCACAUUGCUUUGCUCAAAUACAAUACGUCUCUGGGUGCCACAGAUGUUUGCAUCAGCAGAAGAAUACAAAGAGCACCAAAAAUAUACAAACAAAACUGAUGAAAUUGCAUCGGUCUGUGAAAUGAUAUCAUUUACUGGAGUUUCCAACUAUUCCACAGCUACCAAUGAAGAGUCAUGUGGAGUGGCCAUGAUUAAAAACACUGUGUACAUAAACAACAUCAUUGUUGCAUGUUCUCAAACCGUGUUUUUUCUGCUUGCCAGUUACAUUGUUAAAUAUAUGGGGAAGAAAAUGACUAUGGUUACGGGAUACAUUGGUGCUGCUAUAUGUUCAAUUUCGGUUUACUGGACAUACAGUCCAUCAGCUGCUUUGGCAUGUUUGGCUCUUUUUGUGUCCUUUACUGGCGUGAGCCACAUCACAAGUUUAGCUGUCCUUGUGGACAUGUUCCCAACAAAUCUCAGGACAAUGGCAAUGGGUCUCAAUUCACUGUCUGGUCAGCUGGGAACUUUCACUGGAAACUAUUCAUUUCCUUAUUUAUUAGCUGCUGAUUGCAUAGCUCCAUUUUCUAUGCUAACUGCUUUGGUACUUGUGACUGCUGGUGUUACAUUAUUGCUUCCUGACACAAAUAAGGCUUCUCUCCAAUAAGGAACUUAGCAGUGAAAAUGAUCCAUCAAUGGAGAUGAGCUCGAGUUUGAACUGUGUGUUCAUUGGUUGAUCAACUUAGUAGCAGUACCAGAAAAGUGAUCAGUGAGUUAAGAAAGUAAAAAUGAAAUUGACUCUAAUAUUUUGUCUCCAGUAUUUUAUAUGUGAAAAGAUAAUAUGAAAGACCAAUACUGAAAAUGUGUUAACAAAGGGCAAACAGAGCUUCAAAUCACAUA